GGGCAGCCAGGAGGGCGGGGAAGGGGCGGGCGCGGGGGCGGCGCUGCAGCAGGAGCAGGGGCCAGGGCCAGAGCCGAAGCCGGAGCCGGAGGCGACGCGAGCAGAGCUGGAGCCACCGAGGCCGCUGCCUGCUCUCCCGCCCGCGCCUCCGCCGCCUCCGCGCUCCAGCCUGCGGGUGGUGUGAGCCGGGCCAGUCGCGGCCAUCCAGGGGGCAGCGGGUGCCAUGGCCGCGCCGGAGUCGCUGCGGCCCCGCUUGUGUCGCCUGGUGCGCGGCGAGCAAGGGUACGGCUUCCACCUGCAUGGCGAGAAAGGCCGCCGUGGCCAGUUCAUCCGGCGCGUGGAGCCAGGCUCCCCAGCCGAGGCGGCCGCGCUGCGCGCCGGGGACCGCCUGGUUGAGGUCAACGGCGUCAACGUAGAGGGCGAGACGCAUCACCAGGUGGUACAGAGGAUCAAGGCCGUGGAGGGACAGACCCAGCUGCUUGUGGUGGACAAGGAGACAGAUGAGGAGCUGUGUCGGCGGCAACUGACCUGCACCGAGGAGAUGGCCCACCGAGGGCUUCCACCAGCUCACAACCCCUGGGAGCCAAAGCCGGACUGGGCAUGCUCGGGGAGCCUUGGCUCAGACACUGGCCAGAAGGAUGUCAAUGGGCCCCCAAAAGAGCUGCGUCCCCGGCUCUGCCACUUGCGAAGGGGACCCCAGGGCUACGGGUUCAACCUGCAUAGUGACAAGUCCCGGCCUGGCCAAUAUAUCCGCUCUGUGGACCCUGGCUCUCCUGCUUCUUACUCUGGCCUCCGUGCCCAGGACCGGCUCAUUGAGGUGAAUGGGCAGAAUGUGGAGGGGCUGCGCCAUGCUGAAGUUGUUGCCAGAAUCAAGGCACAGGACGAUGAGGCCCGGUUGCUGGUAGUAGAUCCUGAGACUGAUGAACACUUCAAGCGGUUGCGGGUCGUACCCACUGAGGAACACGUAGAAGGUCCACUGCCAUCACCAGUCACAAACGGAACCAGUCCUGCCCAGCUCAAUGGCGGCUCUGUGUGCUCAUCCCGAAGCGACCUGCCAGGCUCAGAGAAGGACAAUGAGGAUGGCAGUGCCUGGAAGCGAGACCCCUUCCAGGAAAGUGGUCUCCACCUGAGCCCUACAGCAGCCGAGGCUAAGGAGAAGGCUCGGGCUACUCGGGUCAACAAGCGGGCGCCACAGAUGGACUGGAACCGGAAGCGAGAGAUCUUCAGCAACUUCUGAGCCCCUUUCUGCCUAUCCAGGGGUCCCAGGGUCUCUUCCUGCACGGACCUUGGGCUCUCCAGAGCUCCUCAAGCCUCCGCAGACUGGAGGGUGGUAUCACACUACCCAGAAACCAACCCAUGACCCCAUGAACCCUUGUCUUGUCCACUGGGUGCUGCGGCGGCCAUAGCAAGAUCAGAGAAAAGAGAAACCCAGAGAAGAGAGAGACAGAGAUAGACACAGCCAGCCAAGACAGACACAGAGACAGAAAACAGUGAGAGAGGGAGGAGCUGUGCAUGGUGGUCUGCCAAGGGCCUUUGCCGUUCUGCCUUGGGCCUGCUGACUGAAAGGAAUUCAUGUUUUCGCUUUUUUCCUAAAAGGUCUCCAGCUCCACAUAUGUUUCUAGUUAAUAGUGGAGCCCCCUCCCCCAACCCCUUGGGACUCACUCUAAAUAAUUGCAAUAAAACAAAACCUUUCUCUGCAAACCCUUUCUUACCCACCCUGUCAGCAGCGCCAUCCUGAGCAGAGACCAGGGACUCCAGGGAACAGACAGUCAGGGGACCUCAGGGCCAGCUGUGCUUGGAGGAGCUGUCCCUCUGUCCCAUCCCUCAUGUGGGAUGGUCCCUAGGCCAGGCCUCUCUUCUCUGCCUAGCUACCCCUGUGCUGCCUCCCACAUGCUGGGUUCUGAAAUGCAGAGCCUAGGCUCUCUGAGGGGCCAGAGGAUGGGUGUUCCCUGACUCUUAAGAGGGCAGCCUUCGGACAAGUCUCUUAUCCUGCUCUGUAGCUCCAGGACCUGGAAUAGCGGGUCUGUGUGAACCAUUCCCAGGUAUGAUCCUGGGCCUGGCCCCUGCCUUAUGCCUACGUGUCUCCUACCCUCUGGCCUCAACUCCCCAAACUCACUCACUGGCAUUGCAGUCUGCCUCAUAAGCCAUAGCGCACGCGCGCCCUCCAAUUAAACAGGCCUUGCCUUGAA